AUGAAGUUACGUUCCUUAUUACUUCUGCCUGCUUUGAUAUUUGGGGCAGAUGCCUGGGGAGGCUCUCCAGACCGCUACGGUUACGGAGGGCAUGACGGCCACGGUUACGGAGGGCAUGACGGCCACGGUUACGGAGGACGUCCAGGCCACGAAGACCAUCCAGGUCUGCACUGUGACACUACUCCAGGUGCCUGUUUCCCUCACGGUAAACCCACCAAGGGAUUAAAUGCCAAAUUUUUUGACCAUGAUCUUGGUGAUACCACAAGUAUUUAUGAUGAUUUCUUCUAUGUUUUCAAGUACGCUGAAGUUGAAAAAUUUGGUGAAGUUCAAGGUGUUAAAAGUCCAAAUUUCGAUACUUACAUCCCAUGUAUACCUGCUUCAGGCGGUGAAGAAUUUCAGUGUACAGAUAUCCGUGAGUAUGCUGGUCGCUAUUACUGUGGCAAUGUCUUAUGUCAGAACUCUUUGCGGAAAUCCUACUCGGGGGAGAUAUAUGGCUACAACACAGAUGUCACCAAUAUUGUCGUAGAGCUAACAGGCUACCUUUUGGCUCCUAGUACCGGUGUUUACACGUUCCAAUUCGACCACGUGGAGGACGGUGCGUAUUUCUUAUUAGGACCACAAGCUGCUUGGGAAUGUUGCCAGAGAGAAGGUGGUGAAGUAGAUAAACCAACAGCUAAUCUUUUGGCGACUUCUGAUUGCCCAAAAAGCACAACAUUCUACUUAAAACAAGGUUAUUACUAUCCGCUAAGAGUUGUGUACGUUAAUGCGUUAGCGGCUGGCUCACUCAAGACAAAACUUACACUACCGGGAGGCACUGUUGUUACUAGUUGGGGUGAUUAUAUCUAUUCUUUUGGUGACGAAUUGUGGGUUGAUUUCUGCUCUAAAAAACCGCCAAAGAGAACAAGAACGACCUGCAGUUCAAUUUCUACAAAGAUAUCUUCAUCCGUAUCUCAUCUGACCUCGAUAUCACAUAGUUCAAUUGGAAAAAGCUCAUUAAUUACAAGCAUUUCCAGCCACUCUGUGACUUCAAGCCACACUGGUCCAUCUUCUGGUGCUUCUGGUCACUCUGGUCCAUCGUCUGGUGCUUCCGGCCACACUGGUCCAUCUUCUGGUGCUUCUGGUCACUCCGGUCCAUCAUCUGGUGCUUCUGGUCACUCUGGUCCAUCAUCUGGUGCUUCUGGUCACUCCGGUCCAUCGUCUGGUGCUUCCGGCCACUCCGGUCCAUCUUCUGGUGCUUCUGGUCACUCUGGUCCAUCUUCUGGUGCUUCUGGUCACUCCGGUCCAUCGUCUGGUGCUUCCGGCCACUCUGUGACUUCAAGCCACACUGGUCCAUCUUCUGGUGCCUCUGGUCACUCCGGUCCAUCAUCUGGUGCUUCUGGUCACUCCGGUCCAUCGUCUGGUGCUUCUGGUCACUCUGGUCCAUCAUCUGGUGCUUCCGGCCACUCUGUGACUUCAAGCCACACUGGUCCAUCGUCUGGUGCUUCUGGUCACUCUGGUCCAUCGUCUGGUGCUUCUGGUCACUCUGGUCCAUCAUCUGGUGCUUCUGGUCACUCUGGUCCAUCAUCUGGUGCUUCUGGUCACUCUGGUCCAUCAUCUGGUGCCUCUGGUCACUCUGGUCCAUCAUCUGGUGCCUCUGGUCACUCUGUGACUUCAAGCCACACUGGUCCAUCUUCUGGUGCCUCUGGUCACUCUGGUCCAUCAUCUGGUGCUUCUGGUCACUCCGGUCCAUCGUCUGGUGCUUCCGGCCACUCCGGUCCAUCUUCUGGUGCUUCCGGCCACUCCGGUCCAUCUUCUGGUGCCUCUGGUCACUCUGGUCCAUCAUCUGGUGCUUCCGGCCACUCUGUGACUUCAAGCCACACUGGUCCAUCGUCUGGUGCCUCUGGUCACUCCGGUCCAUCGUCUGGUGCCUCUGGUCACUCUGUGACUUCAAGCCACACUGGUCCAUCUUCUGGUGCCUCUGGUCACUCCGGUCCAUCAUCUGGUGCUUCUGGUCACUCCGGUCCAUCAUCUGGUGCUUCUGGUCACUCUGGUCCAUCAUCUGGUGCCUCUGGUCACUCUGGUCCAUCAUCUGGUGCUUCUGGUCACUCUGGUCCAUCGUCUAGUGCUUCCGGCCACUCCGGUCCAUCUUCUGGUGCUUCUGGUCACUCCGGUCCAUCGUCUGGUGCCUCUGGUUACUCCGGUCCAUCGUCUGGUGCUUCCGGCCACUCCGGUCCAUCUUCUGGUGCUUCCGGCCACUCUGGUCCAUCAUCUGGUGCUUCCGGCCACUCUGUGACUUCAAGCCACACUGGUCCAUCGUCUGGUGCCUCUGGUCACUCUGUGACUUCAAGCCACACUGGUCCAUCUUCUGGUGCCUCUGGUCACUCCGGUCCAUCAUCUGGUGCUUCUGGUCACUCUGGUCCAUCAUCUGGUGCUUCUGGUCACUCCGGUCCAUCGUCUGGUGCUUCCGGCCACUCUGUGACUUCAAGCCACACUGGUCCAUCGUCUGGUGCUUCUGGUCACUCUGGUCCAUCGUCUGGUGCCUCUGGUCACUCCGGUCCAUCUUCUGGUGCUUCCGGCCACUCCGGUCCAUCUUCUGGUGCUUCUGGUCACUCCGGUCCAUCAUCUGGUGCUUCUGGUCACUCUGGUCCAUCAUCUGGUGCUUCUGGUCACUCCGGUCCAUCGUCUGGUGCUUCCGGCCACUCUGUGACUUCAAGCCACACUGGUCCAUCGUCUGGUGCUUCUGGUCACUCUGGUCCAUCGUCUAGUGCUUCCGGCCACUCCGGUCCAUCUUCUGGUGCUUCUGGUCACUCUGGUCCAUCUUCUGGUGCCUCUGGUCACUCUGGUCCAUCAUCUGGUGCUUCCGGCCACUCUGUGACUUCAAGCCACACUGGUCCAUCGUCUGGUGCCUCUGGUCACUCCGGUCCAUCGUCUGGUGCCUCUGGUCACUCCGGUCCAUCGUCUGGUGCUUCCGGCCACUCCGGUCCAUCUUCUGGUGCUUCCGGCCACUCCGGUCCAUCGUCUGGUGCCUCUGGUCACUCUGUGACUUCAAGCCACACUGGUCCAUCGUCUGGUGCUUCCGGCCACUCCGGUCCAUCUUCUGGUCACUCUGGUCACUCUGGUCCAUCUUCUGGUGCUUCCGGCCACUCCGGUCCAUCUUCUGGUGCUUCUGGUCACUCUGGUCCAUCUUCUGGUGCCUCUGGUCACUCUGGUCCAUCAUCUGGUGCUUCCGGCCACUCUGUGACUUCAAGCCACACUGGUCCAUCGUCUGGUGCCUCUGGUCACUCUGUGACUUCAAGCCACACUGGUCCAUCUUCUGGUGCCUCUGGUCACUCCGGUCCAUCGUCUGGUGCUUCCGGCCACUCCGGUCCAUCUUCUGGUGCUUCCGGCAACUCCGGUCCAUCUUCUGGUGCCUCUGGUCACUCUGGUCCAUCAUCUGGUGCUUCUGGUCACUCCGGUCCAUCGUCUGGUGCUUCCGGCCACUCCGGUCCAUCUUCUGGUGCUUCUGGUCACUCUGGUCCAUCAUCUGGUGCCUCUGGUCACUCUGGUCCAUCAUCUGGUGCUUCUGGUCACUCCGGUCCAUCGUCUGGUGCUUCCGGCCACUCUGUGACUUCAAGCCACACUGGUCCAUCGUCUGGUGCUUCCGGCCACUCCGGUCCAUCAUCUGGUGCUUCUGGUCACUCUGGUCCAUCAUCUGGUGCUUCUGGUCACUCCGGUCCAUCGUCUGGUGCUUCCGGCCACUCCGGUCCAUCUUCUGGUGCUUCUGGUCACACUGGUCCAUCUUCUGGUGCCUCUGGUCACUCCGGUCCAUCAUCUGGUGCUUCCGGCCACUCUGUGACUUCAAGCCACACUGGUCCAUCUUCUGGUGCUUCUGGUCACUCCGGUCCAUCAUCUGGUGCCUCUGGUCACUCUGUUCCAUCAUCUGGUGCUUCUGGUCACUCCGGUCCAUCAUCUGGUGCUUCCGGCCACUCCGGUCCAUCUUCUGGUGCUUCCGGCCACUAUGGUACCUCUAGUCACACUGGUCCAUCUUCUGGUGCUUCUGGUCACUCCGGUCCAUCGUCUGGUGCCUCUGGUCACUCUGUGACUUCAAGCCACACUGGUCCAUCGUCUGGUGCUUCCGGCCACUCCGGUCCAUCUUCUGGUGCCUCUGGUCACUCUGGUCCAUCAUCUGGUGCUUCUGGUCACUCCGGUCCAUCUUCUGGUGCUUCCGGCCACUCCGGUCCAUCUUCUGGUGCUUCUGGUCACUCUGGUCCAUCUUCUGGUGCCUCUGGUCACUCUGGUCCAUCAUCUGGUGCUUCUGGUCACUCCGGUCCAUCGUCUGGUGCUUCCGGCCACUCCGGUCCAUCUUCUGGUGCUUCUGGUCACUCCGGUCCAUCAUCUGGUGCUUCUGGUCACUCCGGUCCAUCGUCUGGUGCUUCCGGCCACUCCGGUCCAUCUUCUGGUGCUUCUGGUCACUCCGGUCCAUCAUCUGGUGCUUCUGGUCACUCUGGUCCAUCUUCUGGUGCUUCCGGCCACUCUGUGACUUCAAGCCACACUGGUCCAUCGUCUGGUGCUUCUGGUCACUCUGGUCCAUCGUCUAGUGCUUCCGGCCACUCCGGUCCAUCUUCUGGUGCUUCUGGUCACUCCGGUCCAUCAUCUGGUGCUUCUGGUCACUCCGGUCCAUCAUCUGGUGCUUCUGGUCACUCUGGUCCAUCAUCUGGUGCCUCUGGUCACUCCGGUCCAUCGUCUGGUGCUUCCGGCCACUCUGUGACUUCAAGCCACACUGGUCCAUCGUCUGGUGCCUCUGGUCACUCUGUGACUUCAAGCCACACUGGUCCAUCAUCUGGUGCUUCUGGUCACUCCGGUCCAUCAUCUGGUGCUUCCGGCCACUCUGUGACUUCAAGCCACACUGGUCCAUCGUCUGGUGCCUCUGGUUACUCCGGUCCAUCGUCUGGUGCCUCUGGUUACUCCGGUCCAUCUUCUGGUGCUUCCGGCAACUCCGGUCCAUCUUCUGGUGCCUCUGGUCACUCUGGUCCAUCAUCUGGUGCCUCUGGUCACUCUGUGACUUCAAGCCACACUGGUCCAUCGUCUGGUGCCUCUGGUCACUCCGGUCCAUCAUCUGGUGCUUCUGGUCACUCCGGUCCAUCGUCUGGUGCUUCCGGCCACUCUGUGACUUCAAGCCACACUGGUCCAUCAUCUGGUGCUUCUGGUCACUCCGGUCCAUCAUCUGGUGCUUCUGGUCACACUGGUCCAUCUUCUGGUGCCUCUGGUCACUCUGGUCCAUCAUCUGGUGCUUCCGGCCACUCUGUGACUUCAAGCCACACUGGUCCAUCGUCUGGUGCCUCUGGUUACUCUGAAAGAAGCAGUUCCUCUCGUUCUACCGCUCCGUCCAGAUCCAAGUCUUGGAGUAGAUCUACGUCAACCUUAACCGGUAGCAUAUCAGGUUCUUCACGCCGGUCGAUUUCGUCGACCUCAGGCUCUUCAAACACUGGACCAAGUUCUUCUUUUGGAAGUGGGACGAUAUCUUCCAGGUCCAGUACCCCUACUGUGGUUCCAUCCUCGAGCGUUUCUAUUGUUACAUCAGUUUCUACCACAGUUUCUACUUCUGUUUCUAUUGUCGUGGUUUGCGCCUGCUCAUACACUGAUCCAAGUGGCCAUGUCUUACCAUUCCACACAACCCUCCCAUUGAACCCUCGCAGGACAGCUUAUUAA